AUAAAUCAUGGCAUUCACACGCAGAGAAGGGACUGCAGUCUGGUGUGUGUCAAGAAAGAGGGGCGUGUCAUGGCACAUAUAUACAUCGAUCUUCGCGCAGCAUGCAGCACUCAAGGUCCAUUCAUGCAGCACACGGCGGCCGAGAUCAAUGCACUCACAUUGGAAGCACUGAGGAGCCCCAUCCACGUAGCACAGCACAGCACACACCACAUCAUGUCCAUUACAUCACAUGACACCGAGACUGUCUCGGCGACUACGCACCACAGACUUGUGAAAAAGGACGGCCUCUGAUUUGAUCUGCGGCCAUAAAACAACAAGGCAGAUCUGUCUGCAUCAGGAGGGAGGGGAGGGAGAGGGCCAGCUGGUCAUGCCACUGGGAGCAGCGACUUGAGCUGCUCCUUCUGCUGUGCAGUCAGCGACCUGCACGACAAACACAAAAACAAGACACAAAUGGAUGGAUGGAUGGAUGCCGCCUGUCCUUUAAAGCUCUGCCGGGAAGAUACCCACACAGAUACCUACCUUGGGUAGCUGACGUCGAACUCGAUGAUCAGGUCACCCUUAGUGCCCGGCUGCUUCGAUAUCGGCAUCCCUACACGACCACAACAGCAGUCGAGGUAUGCGGGCCUGUGUUCGUGUUAAUGCCGUGCGCUGGCUGCGUUGGGUGUGUGCUGGUCUACCUUCGUUGGAGACGAUUUUUCUCGACUUGUGGCUGACAAUCUCGUCCACACGGACCUGCAGUGUCCUGCCAUCAAGCGUCUGGAUGGGGAGGGUGAAGCCCGUCAACGCCUGCACACACACACACACACACACAACACACACAUACACACACACACACAUAUACACAUACACACACACGUGCCGUCUGCUCUGUCUGCUUGUGCUGGUUGGCUGGCUGACCUUGACGAGGGGAAUGGUGGCCCUGAAUACGAGGUGGUUGCCGUUGCGGACGAACCUCUGGUGGUUCUUGGACUUAACGAUGAAGAUGACUUCGCCCGCCCGCUCCCCCGGCGCUGGCUCGUCGCCCUCACCCUCAUACUUUAUCUUGGUGCCGUCCUUCCAGCCCUGCAGGCAGACAUGGACACACACACAAUCCACCCUCCAUAUGUAUGUAUAUGCCCCCUGCAGAGUGAGUGUCAUCGGCCCAUUCUUUACCGGCUUGAUUUCCACCUCGAGCACUUUCGGUUCCUUGGUCGGCACGCCGUUAUUGUACCGUGUCCUCGUGAUCUUGAGCUUCUUCGUCGUGCCGCUGCAAACACAGACAGACAGACAGACAGACGGACGGACACAUUGCACACGAUGCCAGGCGACCCAGAAACAACCGAAGGAGUGUGGGUUGGGCAGUCGGGCUUACGAGUAAAGGUCUUCUAGGCUGAGGUUGAGGUCCAUUUCGUAGGGCCUUGGCCUCGGGUGGCCCAUGCCGGCCAUACCGCCCCCCAUGCCGCCCAUACCGCCCAUGCCGCCAGGAAAGCCCCCCAUGCCCCCCAUAUUUCCCGGGAAGCCACCUCCCAUCAUCCCCGGACCGAUACGAAAGACGCCUGCCGGUGGGUCGGUGGCAGCACACACAGGCAGACAGGCAGAUGCACAUCAGAUGGGAGGGAGGCGGUCUGUCUGUCUGGGCUGAUCUGAUUGACUACUGACUGACCUGGUCCGCCGAAGCCGGGCGGCAUGUCGUCAUCAAAUGCACUCUGAAACCCCGCGAACUCACGGUCGCCGCUGAAGAACCGCCCGAAGAGAUCAUUCGGAUCAAUGCCGGUAUCUGAUCAGAGAGAUGCAACCAACGGACGUCACAAGCCAGGCAGGUGCCAGACAGACACAGUCUCAUUCCUCGUCCACGCGGCACCGCCUAGCUAUCUCUCUGUCUGUCGAUGCUUACAGACGAAUCUGGUGCCUCCCGCUCCCGGUGGUGCAGGUCCGCCGCCUUUGAGUCCCUCCUCGCCGAGCUGGUCAUAUAUCUGGCGCUUCUCCUUGUCGCUCAAGACGUCAUAGGCCUCGGCGAUGUCCUUAAACAUCUCCUCCGCCUGCAUGCACCAGUGAAUGAAUGCCGACGCAUAAAUACAGGCACACAUCCACAGACAGACAGACAGACAGACAGAUGGGUAGGUGGCGAGUGUAGUGUUACCUUCUUCUUUGCUGCAGCGUCGGUGUGUUUGUCCGGGUGCCAUUUCAUGGCCAGCUUGCGAUAGGCCUUCUUGAGGUCCGUUUCCGUCGCAUCCUUGUUCACACCCAAUAUCUUGUAGUAGUCCUGUCAGUCACCGACACACAGGGAGGGAGGGCACACACACACACAUCCGCUGUAUGCAGACCAGACCGCUGCUGUGGAAUGCUAUGCUCCUCACCUUCCCCAUGGUGACGACUACGCCAGAUGAGUCACUGCUUCACUGCCACGAUGGAUGAUCACAGC